AUGUCGCAGAAUUGGUUUCGACCGCAUCCGUAUGGGGUUUAUCCUCGCGGGAAUGCACAGGGCGUCGAGGACUUGAUGCUGCCACGGUUUGGCACACUCUCCCACAUUCAGUGCGCUGCGAAGGGGCGGGCGUCCAGGGGCCGCAUAGCUGCAAGCGAACCCUCAGAGGAUGCCUUUGUGGAGCUGCUCCUCCACUUGCUCUCCUUCUGUUCGGUGAAGGAUCUUUGCCGCCUGUCGGCAACCUGCACAGGGUGGUAUUGUUUCAUCCAUGCCUCGGAUGCCUUCAAGCAGGCGCACGACAUAGUAUCGCACCACCACCUGCGCUUUUGCGGUAGCUGGAAGGAGACAGCCGUACGCAGUUGCCUCCUUCAGCAGAAAGAGGAUACAGCGGCGAGCCCAACGAAGCGGUACAGAAAAGAACACUCCACCACAUCUAAUACCGCUGCUGUUGCAGCUGAGGAUGAUCAUGAUGAUAAUAAUAAUAAUAUGGUUCUCAAGCAUCGUCCCAUUGCAGUACGGCGUGCAUUCUUUAAUGAUCUGCUCUUUCAAGCAUGGAUGUGCACCAUCCUUCCGUGCCACUAUCAUCUUCGGUCAGAUGCGGGCACAAAGGAUGGCGCGGCGUGGCUGGGCGGAGCUGACGGUGUCCCGCAGGCCCCGCGCUAUCGCUCUGCACUCAAGGAGGUGCCACGCUGCAGUGGCCUGUCGCCGGCGGAGUUUCGUGAGCGGUUCGAAGAGCCCAACUUGCCAGUUGUUCUCACCGACGUGGCAACAAGUUGGCCUAUCUUCGACCUUUUGCAGGGGAAGUUCGAGAACCUCGCGGCCAAAAGAGCGGAGCUGUUUCGCCCCGGCAUUUCUCCGGACGUCCCGCUGCGUUGCGAGCACACCACAAUGAACGUCGCCGAAUACGUGCGCUACGCGGUGGAGCAGACCGACGAGCGCCCUAUUUACCUCUUUGAUGCGGAGUUCGGUGCUUCAAUGGCGGUGGAGUCGCUCUACACCGUCCCCGCACACUUUGGCGGCGACGAUUUCUUUAAGGUGCUAGGCGACUCACGGCCAAAGUACCGCUGGAUCAUCGCCGGACCGCGCCGCGGUGGCAGCAGCUUCCACGUUGAUCCAAACUACACUAACGCAUGGAACGCCAACUUGACUGGACGCAAACGGUGGAUUCUGUUUCCACCCGGCUGCACCCCCGCUGGAGUUUUCCCCAGUGAAGACAUGUCGGAGGUCACAACGCCCGUUUCGCUCACGGAGUGGCUGUUGAAUCACUACGACGCGAGUGUAGAACAAUGGCGAGAUGUUGGGUACGAGUGCAUCUGCGAGGCUGGCGAUAUCAUGUUCGUUCCCUGUGGAUGGUGGCACUUCGUGAUAAACCUGGAAGACUCCGUGGCGAUCACGCAGAACUACGUGUCGGAGUGUAAUUUGCCGAGUGUCAUCAAAUUCCUCUCUGCCAUGAAGUCAUCGAUCAGCGGCAUUGAUGAGGAUGCCGACAACGCCACAGGCGAAAUGGUGGAGAAGCGGCGCGCCAACUUCGUUGGUGAAUUCGUCGCUGCCAUGCGCACAUCGUAUUCCGACGUCAUGCAGCGGGUAGAGAGUGCUCUCGCAGAGGAGGAACAGCAGCGGCAGAAGAGGCGUGAAUGUAACGCGCUUCCACUGCUGGACGCUGGUGCUGAGGGAUUUACAUUUAACUUUUGA